AUGGCUACCAAUACACGGUCUAUGUUUGACAAGUCCAACAUCUUCGCGCCAGAAGUACCAUCAGUAUGGCAGCGCUUGCGGCGCAACCCAACGCUCUCUAUAGCGCAAUGGCUGUAUACCCAUCAGCCGCCCAAAUCGAUUCCAAACCCCACUGCUUUUCCAGUGAAGGUGGUAUGCAUAUCCGACACUCACAACGAACAACCACGCGACCUACCAUUUGGCGACAUCCUCAUUCACGCCGGCGACCUGACAGUGAAUGGAACGUUCAAGGAACUACAGGUUCAACUGGACUGGUUAAGUAGCUUACCGCACCAACACAAGAUUGUAGUAGCAGGAAACCACGAUCUACUUCUCGAUCAGACAUUCUUCUCCCGCAACCCGCGACUUGUAGGUCUCGCAAAUGAGAAGCAGCUGCAGGAACUACGCUGGGGCUCCAUCACCUACAUCUGCAGAUCAUCUGCUACUCUCGAUGUCCGUGGUAGGAGUUACCGUAUCUAUGGCAAUCCCAUGACACCGCAAUAUGGCAACUGGGCGUUCCAAUACCCAGACAGGGAAGAUAUAUGGAGCAACACCGUCCCUGAAGCAACAGACAUACUUGUCACACAUGGCCCAGCUAGAGGCCACCUCGACUCUUCACCUUCGAACCCGUCUUACUUACAUGGCUGUGCUCACCUUCAGAGAGAACUGUGGAGGGCCAAACCACAACUGCAUGUCUGCGGGCAUAUUCACUCAGCGAGAGGGGUCGAGCAAAGGAGCUGGUUCUGGUUAGAAUGGGGGUAUGACGCUGUGUGUCGUGACGACAGACGCGUUGGUAUUGUGCUGAUGCUGUCUGUCUGGGUCUGGUCAUGGGUACUAUAUGUGUUGGGACGAGAGAGGAAAGCGACUAUGACGAGUGUCAACGCAGCUGUCGUUGGGGGUCAGGGUUUAGUUGAAGGCGAAAAAACUCUUAUCGUGGAUCUUGCGUAG